AACAGUAAAAUUAAAAGUACCAUCAUGGCUGCUUUUGUAUUACCAGAGUUGUACAAAGAAAGUUCCGAUAUCACUUACGUCGGUGCUCAAUAUAUGUUAGAAAAAUAUAAAAAUCUGAUUAAAUGGAAAGAAGACGCAUCGAUUUUCGAAUUUGGCGUUGGUGAUGGCAGCCAUUCUAGACAACUUCUGUGGCCAUUAUUUCCUAGAAAAUAUAAAGAAUUUAUAGCUACUGAUCUAUCAAAAACGAUGGUCGAUUUUGCCAAAAAUAAUCAAUCGGCUUCAAGAGCAAAAAUUUGUAAUUUCGAUAUUACUUGCGAAAAUGUCCCAUACGAUUAUAGAUCUAGAUUUGAUAACAUUUUCAGCAUAUUUACUAUGAUGUUGGUGAGAAAUCCGGAACAGGCUUUCAAAAAUAUUCACACAAUGUUAAAAUCAAAUGGGCAAACAUUCAAUAUAUUUCCAUUAACCCUUCCAACCGACGACAUCUAUAUGAAACUUUCCCAUCAUGCAAAAUGGGGAAAAUAUGAUCACAAAGUAAUGGUUACGCCUUAUAGUUCUCAAUCACAUCCACAAGAAUGUUAUGAAAAAGCUCUAAGGGAUGCAGGAUUCAGGAACUAUCAUUAUAUGAUCCAAAAUUUUUGCUACAUGUUUAAGAAUGAAAAAGAAUGGAAAGAUUUCAUGUUUUCUGUCAACGCAGUGGCUGGCAAUAUUCCCGCUGAGGAAAUCGAAGAAUAUAAAGAAUAUUUUUUUGAGCUAAUUGAUAAGGAAGUCUUACUUGAAGACAAUAAAACUUUUGAUAGUGAAGGUAGAAAAUGUCGUUUUGUAAAACUAAGAUUAUCUCUUCUCGAGGCGAUUAAAACGAGAGAUUAGACAAACACAUUCAGGGCCCAAAAAUAUAUGUUCUUUAUAGAAAUAUACAUCAAGUGUUAAAAAAUAGUUUAAUAGCAAAGUUUGUAAAAAAGUUGAAUGUCAACAAUAAUUUACAACAAUUCUUGAUAUUCGAUUGUAUAUAAUACUGCCCCCCAUGUAAUGGAUUUUAUUAUUUAUUAUUUAUUAUUAAUUUCACAUACCUGAUGGUGAGGCUUAAGCCGAAGCUAGUUGAGUAUCAAUAAUGUAUAAACCUUUUUCUCACAAUAUAUUGUGCUAUGACUUUGAGUAUGUUAUUUCCUACACCUCUUAAUUAACUUUAUAAAAUCAUUAAUUAUUCAUUAUUCAUUCAUUCAUUUAUAAAUAAUUUAAUAAAUUAAAGUGAUUAAAAUAUAAAAAGUUUAUCAUUUUAUUUUUCAAUUCAUUUGACUUUUUUAUCAACCUUGGGAAAUCAUUAAGUAAUGUAGC